AUGGUAGACGCGGAAGCGAACCCGCCGACAUGGAAGUUUACCCAAUGCUUCGGCGACAAGGGCGAUGUCGAGGACAUUACCGAAGCCGACAUCAUCUCUACCGUUGAGUUCGACCACACCGGAAACUAUUUGGCGACCGGUGACAAAGGUGGACGCGUCGUCCUGUUUGAGCGAAACGAGACGAAAAAAACUUGCGAGUACAAAUUCCAUACCGAGUUUCAAUCCCACGAACCCGAAUUCGACUACCUGAAGUCCCUAGAGAUCGAGGAGAAGAUAAACAAGAUCAAGUGGUGCCGGCGACAAAAUGCGUCGCACUUUCUGCUUUCGACCAACGACAAGACCAUCAAGUUGUGGAAGGUCUUUGAGAAGUCGCUGAAGGUAGUGGCGGAGAACAACCUGUCUCACGACCUGACGCCAGCAAACCUUGCCGGCGGCGGAGGUGCUCCAAGGGCGAUAUCGCAACCCCGGUUCAGGAAUGCUAGCGAGCUCAAGCUGCCGCGUCUCACCCACCACGACACCGUAGUGGCCGCCGUUCCCCGGAGGACCUACGCCAAUGCCCAUGCAUACCACAUCAACAGCAUUUCGGUUAACAGUGAUGGGGAGACAUUUAUCAGCAGUGACGACCUCCGCAUAAACCUCUGGAACUUGCACAUCCAGGACCAGAGCUUCAAUAUCGUCGAUAUCAAGCCAGCGAAUAUGGAGGAGCUGACCGAAGUGAUUACCGCUGCCGAGUUCCACCCCAUGAGCUGCAACUGGUUCAUGUACGCAAGCUCCAAGGGAACUAUCAAGCUUGCAGAUAUGCGAGAGAGCGCCUUAUGUGACCAACAUGCGAAACUUUUCGAGCAAGAGGAAGACCCUUCGUCGAGGUCCUUCUUCUCCGAGAUCAUUUCGUCCAUCUCAGACGUCCGUUUCUCCCACGACGGCAGAUAUAUCCUCUCCCGCGAUUACCUCACGGUCAAGAUUUGGGAUGUCAACAUGGAGAGACAGCCGGUCAAGACGAUCCCGAUUCACGAGCACCUUCGGCCUCGUCUGUGCGAUACUUACGAGAACGACAGCAUCUUCGACAAGUUUGAGGUUGUUUUCUCCGGAGAUGCUAAGAACGUCAUGACAGGCAGUUAUAAUAAUAACUUCAUGAUAUACCCGUCUGACCCGGACAAGGAGGUCGAGGUCGUUCUUCAGGCCGACAAGUCGGCCUUCAAGGCUAAGAAGGUUGGGGUUCCGACACCGAUCAACUCGGCGACGAGCCCAACCGCGAACGGAGGCAAAAAGGGCGGUUCACGAGCCGGUAGCCCGGCAGCUGGACAAGGCCAAAGAAUGCGCAAGGAGACGGACGCGGACCAGAUCGAUUUCAACAAGAAGAUCCUACACAUGAGCUGGCAUCCCUUCGAGGACAGCAUUGCAAUUGCAGCAACGAACAAUCUCUUCGUCUUUUCUGCGCUCUAG